AUGCUGUCAGGCGCGGGAGAGGCGCGGGCCAGGCAUGGCGGGCUGCUUGUCACUGCGGUGCGGCCGGUGCGGGCGUCCGCGGCGCGCGCUGCACGCCACUGGCCCGCGCACCGCCCGCCCCCCUCUCCUCUGCGCGCGCAGGCCCGCACCGCUUACACCACACGCACAGCUUUCCUCCCGUUAACUGUUAACCGCACUUCUCCCCCUGAUCUGACCCAACAUUCACGGCGUUCCAAGGUGUAUUUGUCAACUCGGGCUUAUCAACUAAAACAAGGGCAUGUCGUUCAUUCUUUCUAA